AUGGUAGGUCCUAAUAUUCAAGACAACUUAUUUCAUAUUCUUUUAAGGUUUAGAAAACAUAAUUACGUAUUAAGUGCUGAUAUAACAAAAAUGUAUCGCCAGAUUCUUGUGACAGAAAGACAAAGAAAUCUACAAAAAAUCCUCUGGCGAUCUACAUCUGAUGAGGAUAUUAAUACAUAUCAGUUGAAUACUGUGACUUAUGGCACAGCACCGGCUGCCUUUUUAUCAAUUAGAUCACUUCACGAAGUAGCUUAUCGUCAUUUAAAUGAAUCACCUGACAUCUGCAACAUUAUACUACACGAUUUCUAUGUCGAUGAUCUUCUCACGGGAGCUAGUACAGUAGAUGAAGUAAAUAAUAUUAAGGUAAGACUUUCUGAACUCUUAAUUGAGUAUGGUUUUCCUCUAAGGAAAUGGAAGUCCAACAUGAAUACUUUCGAGCAUGACGCAGAAUCUGAGAUUCUGCAUAUAGGUGAUGAAGCUCAAAAUAAAACUCUAGGCCUACUCUGGAAUCCUUCUGCUGAUUGUUUACAAUUUUCCAUCAACAUCUCUAAUUGUUCACCAAAAAUUACAAAGAGACAAAUACUAUCCUCUACUGCACAAAUAUUUGAUCCGCUUGAACUACUUUCUCCUGUCACAAUUACAGCCAAAAUAAUCCUACAAGAACUCUGGAAAUUAAAAAUAUCCUGGGACGAAUCUGUACCUAGUGACCUGCAUACUACUUGGUCUAACUAUUAUUCUCGUUUACUCAAUAUCAACAGUCUAAAAAUACCUAGACAAAUUCUACUGUCUAAUUGCAUUACAAAACAGUUACAUGGGUUCUGUGACGCAUCACAAGCAGCAUAUGGUGCAUGCAUUUACAUUCGCUGUAGCGAUUCGUUAGGAAAUUGCACUUCUAAUUUAUUGUGUUCCAAAACACGCGUAGCACCACUCAAACUCAUUACUAUACCAAGACUUGAACUCUGUGGCUCUCUUCUGCUGGCAGAAUUAGUUGAAAAGGUAACAUGUGAUUUUCAGCCCAAUGAGAUUACCUAUUGGACUGAUUCGUCAAUUUGUAUAGCUUGGAUAAAUUCUUCCCCACAUAUUUUAAAAACCUUUGUCGCCAAUCGCGUAUCACAGAUUCAGAAUUUAGCUAAGGCUGAAUUAUAG